UUGAGAGAGUUGUCCCUGUCAGUAAACAAACGGAUUGCGGUUCGGUUGCCAAAAUAUAUCUACUCAUGGAUUAGAAUAAGAUGUCAGAAAUCAAUAAAUCUAUUCACGGAAACUAUCUUUCGUAUUAAGUCCAGCUGCGGUAUAGAAGAGCAUCAAUUCAGUCAUGGUUUGUUUAUGUAGCUUGGUUUACGUGUUGCUAUUCAUUGGCUCCUUCAGUUUGAUUGGAUUCCUUACUGUGUUUCUGUUGCUGCGACAGUUAAUCAACAGUCAAAAACACAAACGUCGUAAUAAUAAAGACACCGAUAGGUAUAUAGCGCUUCUGCAUCCGUAUUGCAAUGCCGGCGGAGGCGGUGAAAGAGUCCUUUGGUGUGCAGUUCGGGCUUUGCAAAAUAAAUAUGAUGGGAUUAAACUGUUCAUCUAUACUGGGGACUUGGAAGUGACCGGCGAGGAAAUUCUGAACAAAGCAGAAAGAACUUUCAAUCUUCGCCUGGAUAGAGGAACUAUAAAUUUUGUAUAUUUGAAAAAACGUAAGUGGGUAGAGGCAAAGCGAUAUCCGUAUUUCACACUACUAGGACAAAGUCUAGGAUCGAUGAUAAUGGCAUUGGAAGCAUUAUUGAGUCUUCAGCCAGACGUUUUCGUUGAUACAAUGGGUUAUGCAUUCACGUAUCCUAUUUUCGCAUACGUAGGGGGAUGCAAAAUCGGUUGCUACACCCACUAUCCAACAAUUAGCACUGACAUGUUGAGACGGGUUCAGAACCAAAUGUCCAGUUACAAUAAUCGUGGAUACGUGGCCAAGAAUCCGUUUGCUACAUGGAUUAAGAUAGUGUAUUAUCGAAUCUUCUCCAAGAUCUACGGAAUAGUCGGACGUUGUGCGGAUACUAUAAUGGUGAAUUCCAGCUGGACAGAGAAUCACAUUAUUUCCCUGUGGGAUGUUCCAUAUAAAACACAUCGGGUGUAUCCACCGUGCGAGGUAUCGCAUCUGCGAAAGCUUCAAUCAUUAGCUAGUGCUCAUGAAAAAAUCAUAAUUUUGUCGGUGGGACAGUUCCGACCAGAGAAGGAUCAUCCGCUUCAGUUGCAAGCGAUGUACGAGUUGAGAACCCUUUUGAAUAAGGACGAGGCACUCUGGAACCGGCUUCGUUUGAUGAUUGUUGGAUCAUGCAGGGACGAGGAAGAUCGCGAGCGGGUGAAGAAUAUGCAGGACUUUGCUAAACACCUUUCGCUGGAAAACUCCGUUGAAUUUUUAGUAAACGUACCCUACCAGGAGUUGAUCCAAUGCUAUCAGAUAGCUACUAUUGGGCUGCAUGCAAUGUGGAAUGAGCACUUUGGUAUAAGUGUUGUGGAUGGAAUGGCAGCAGGUUUGAUUAUGGUGGCGAACAGAUCCGGUGGUCCACUAAUGGACAUAAUUGAAACAUCGGAAGGCAGUCAGAAUGGUUACUUGGCGAUUGAUGCGUACGAUUACGCUCGCUGCAUUGCAACUAUCCUCUACAACAGUCGAGAGCAAAACAGCAGAAUUCGAGACGCAGCCCGUGCUUCGGUUGGUCGCUUUUCAGAGAAGGAAUUCGAAAGUGGCUUCCUGCGAGCUAUCUCGCCAAUAAUGGAUGACAAAGAGUUCCAAUAGGACUUGAAUGUUCCUACGAAAUCUGUUUUGUAGUUUAAUGCGAAAACUUCGUAUAUGAUAGAAUAAAUUCAUGCUUAGGAACUAAUUUUGCCAUAAACUUUCUCUAAACAGAUUAAAAUUGGUUGAAUAAUAGAAUGCCGUUGUCCACACGACCAGAACUGUACUUUUUUUUAACCUGCCCGGCUUUAACCUAGUUGCGGUCGUUCGCCGCUGUUAACAAAUUAAACCAUAGUUGAUUGUUCAAAGUUUACAAUGUAACUAUCGAAGUUGUAGAAUAAACUUUUUUGAAAUAGUUA